AUGGAAUUUCUCAUUAUUCCUUGCUCUCUUUUGUUCACUUUUGCCUGCAUUUUCCUUGCACUGUUCAACACUGCGAAUCGAUCAAAUUCCAAUAAGAAGUCCCUCAAAGGCUUACCUCAUGGGCCAAGGAAACUACCAUUUCUAGGCAACAUUCACCAAUUUGUUGGGUCACUUCCCCAUCGAACUUUGAGAAACUUGGCAAGCCAAUAUGGACCCUUGAUGCACCUGCAACUUGGUGAGAAGCCACAUAUCAUAGUCUCUUCAGCAGACAUUGCAAAAGAGAUUAUGAAAACGCAUGAUGUGAUCUUUGCUAAUAGGCCUAAUCUUCUUGCUUCCAAGUUCUGUGUUUAUGCAGACAGUGACAUAGCCUUUUCUUCUCAUGGAAGAUUUUGGAGGGAACUAAAGAAAAUAUGCAUUUCAGAGUUGUUAAGUACAAAGCAUGUUCAAUCACUAAGGCACAUAAGAGAAGAGGAGGUAUCAAAACUAGUUAGAAAUAUUCAUGCAAAUGAAGGAUCAGUUAUCAACCUUACUAAGGAAAUUGAGUCGCUGACAAUUGCUCUACUUGCAAGGGCAGCCAAUGGUAAAAGGUGCAAAGAACAGGAGGCUUUCAUAUCAGCAACGGGGCAAAUGCUAAAGCUGUUGGGAGGUUUCUGCGUUGCUGACUUCUACCCUUCAAUCAAAGUGCUUCCUCUACUUACAGGAAUGAAAGCUAAACUUGAAAGGGCUCAGAGAGAGACAGAUAAGAUCUUGGACAACAUGGUGAAGGAUCACAACGAACCUAAUGCAGUUGGUGGGAUAGUGAAUGAUUUUAUUCAUAUUCUUCUUCAAACCCAAAAGAAAGAUGACUUGCAAAUUCCCUUAUCUCUCAACAACAUCAAAGCAAUCGUUUGGGACAUGUUUGUUGGUGGGACUGGGGCACCAUCAGCAGUUAUAGUAUGGGCAAUGUCAGAACUGAUGAAAAAUCCUAAGGUCAUGGAGAAGGCACAAAGUGAGGUAAGAAAGGUUUUUAAUGUCAAAGGGUGUGUAGAUGAAACAGACCUUCAACAAUUACAAUACUUAAAUUCAGUGAUAAAAGAAACACUGAGGCUACAUCCCCCUGAAGCAUUAUUGCUUCCAAGAGAAAACAGUGAGUCAUGUGUAAUAAAUGGAUAUGAAAUACCUGCAAAGAGCAAAACCAUUAUCAAUGCUUGGGCCAUUGCAAGAGAUCCAAAGUAUUGGAGUGAAGCAGAGAGAUUUUUACCGGAGAGAUUUCUUGAUAACUCAAUUGACUUUAAAGGCACACACUUUGAAUACAUCCCAUUUGGCGCUGGAAGGAGAAUAUGUCCUGGAAUUGCAUUUUCCAUGUGUAACAUUUUACUGUCACUUGCCAAUUUGCUUUACCAUUUUGACUGGAAGCUGCCAAAUGGAGCAAACCCUCAAGAACUGGACAUGACUGAGUCUUUUGGCCUAUUAGUCAAAAGAGCAAAUGAUCUAUGCUUAGUCCCCACUCUUUAUCACCCAUCAGUUAGAACUAUCUGA